UUAAACUUGGUGAAUUAGAUGAUAGACUGAUUUGGGCCGAACCGCGAGCAAUGAUUUGUUGGUGUGAGAGAGAGGGAGGGCGAACUAAAGAUUCGAUUUUGGGGUGAAGCGAAGCGAAGCCAUGAGACGAAACCAUUCGAACUCCGGCAAUUAUCGGAAUCCAUGUUUAACCAUGCACCAGCCUUGGGCUUCUCUCCUCGUUUACGGGAUCAAGCGCGUCGAGGGCAGGUCAUGGCCCGCUCCAAUCACAGGUCGUCUUUGGAUUCAUUCUGCCAGUAAAGUCCCGGAGGAGUCUACAAUCAAAGCAAUGGAAUACUUCUACAAGGAGAUUUAUGCACUCAAUGGCAUCAGUGAUAUCCAAUUUCCUCAACACUACCCUGUCUCUAGGCUUUUGGGCUGUGUUGAAGUGGUUGGCUGCUUAACACGUGAUGAGCUAGCAUGCUGGGAGAUGGUUCCUGAAGGGGUGAGGUUGGAAGCACAAACUGAUUAUUGCUGGCUGUGCGAAUGGCCCCAGAAAUUGUUGAUUCCAUUUGAGAUGCGGGGGUACCAAGGUGUUUAUAACCUGGAAAAGAAGAUUUAUGAAGCUGCAGUUAGAGGGCUGUCUCCAGUUAAUUGUCCGUUGCCGGUGAAAUUUCCGCUUCCAGAUCCACGAAAUCCAUUUUCAUUGAAGCCAGGUUCCAUCUCUGCGCUUACUUCUAACUUAAAAGCAUCUGAAGUGGAUAAAUCAUCAAGCAUAAGUCUGGCCAUAGCUGGGGCACAAGCAGCAGCCACUCAGUUCUCAAAGAAGGAUGAGAAUUCCCAUAGUACUGCUUGGAACAAUGCACCUACUAACAUGAAUGCUAAUAAUGAGGAUACAGAAGUUGCAAGAUCUUAUAAUCUAAGAUCACGAGGCAGGUCUACGGAAAAGGACAAUAUAUCAUCGACAGAGUUAAAUAUGAAAUUUGGUGAUCUGACCUUGCCAUCAUAUCACAAAGAGAAAAGCAGAAGUAAUGAGAGUGAGGGGAGCAGUAAGCAGAAUCGAUCUCCUGGUGCAGAAGCAGAUUUGAUGAUAAGUAGAAGAUUUGAUGAUAAGCAGAAUCGAUCUCCUGGUGCAGAAGUGGAUAAAUCGUUUUAAUGUUUUAAUCUCUAAACUGUUACAGUUUUAUGUCAUUUCUAGGUGUCUGUAGAUAAUAAGUAGAAGAUUUUAUAAUUAGUAGUAGAAGAUUGUAGUCUGUUGAUAAUUGGGUAAUGGAUUGCACAUCCAAGCACACAGACUCGUGCCGCAUGGUGUUAGAAAUGAAUCUUUGUUGGCAUCCAUCUAUUACAGAUGUUGGCAUCUCCGAUAUCCAUUUGUACAACAGUACAAGGUUGUUCAAAAUAUCCAGUUAUUUAUGUCCAAAACAUAUAGAGAGCAAAUUUAACGACAACAGUUUAUUGCUA